AUGAUGCUGGGUCGUACUGCUACGCGCACAGCUUGGAAUGUUAACCUCCGCCGCCAGCAGCUUCUCUUCGGUCGCUACGCGGUCACUAAACCUGCAGAUCGCUGCUUCUCCACUUCGCCGGGUGAACAAAACGCGCCACAGUUCGAGAAAGGUAGUGAACUCGUUCUUGGACUUUGGCGUCGCACCAUCCCACGUCUGCCGAGGCUCGCGGAGUAUCAGGACAAAGGGGCUUUCACCGAUUCCCUUAAUAUACUGGAUCAGUGCUGGCUAUUCGUGAUGCUGCAUUUACCAAGGAAGACAAAUGUUGAUCUUCUGGAGUUUCUGGAAGGAGCGCAAGCCGCAGCGGAAGCGAAUCUUCGAGCCAUGAACAGCGUCGAAUUCCCAGAGUUUCUGGCCAAGAAGAGCAAUUCAUCCCAAGUGGUCGAAAACUUGAAGCAGUACACGACUCCUGCGUAUUAUAACCAAAUGGCGCUGCAAGUUAAGAAAAAUUACUUACACCGUAAUUUCUACAUCGAGUGUGAGGCCAUGAAAGUCGAGAAGGCGCAGCUUGCACAGGUUGUGUAUCGACGUCUGACGGUACAGGAAUACGAGGAUUUAGUGGAAUUUAAGAAACAACCGACGGGCACGUCGUGUGAGUCGACGGUCGAGCAUUUGGGUCUCCUUGUGGACGUCGCUACUGUGGAGGACUUGAAGGUGGUAAGUCUAACAGACAAGACUCUUUAUGUGCAGCAACAAAACGUCUACCGAGUGGUGUUUGAGUCGCGAGUGACAGAUCCAGAAGAUGUCGACUGGCGCAUUGAAAGAGCACCGCCGAGUCAGGUUGGAGAGUACACGUGA